ACUACUAGGAAUAGCGCAUUGAAGUUCCUGGGCUAUUUUCUCACCUGAAUAUUCUAUUCUCAUCCCUCAUUGCCCUGCGCCAGCCGUCAUCCACCAUGGCCAAAACUAUUGACGAUAAUAUCUCGACGUCGACGACGGAUUCAGUCGUGAAACCACCCCCAGAUGGCGGAGCCAAGGCAUGGACUCAAUCUGCCAUGGGCCACCUCGUCUGCUUCAACACCUGGGGCUACCUUGCCAGCUACGGGGUCUUUCAGUCCUACUACCAAACUCACCUCGGGGUGUCCGAGUCGGCAAUCUCGUGGGUCGGCUCGAUUCAGAUGUUUCUGGUCUUCUUCGUGGGCGCCUUUUCCGGACGAGCGCUGGACGCGGGCUACUUCCGUCAUGUCUUCUGUGCCGGCGCAUUUUUGCAAAUCGUAGGGGUCUUCAUGACCUCUCUCUCCACCCAAUACUGGCAGCUCUUUCUUGCCCAGGGAUUGUGCACGGGACUAGGCAGCGGCCUCCAGUUCUGCCCCGCAAUGGGUCUAGUAGCCACCUAUUUCGAUAAACAUCGCGUAUUUGCAGUGGCUUGCUGCCUCGCCGGCAGCGGAACAGGGGGAAUGGUCUUCCCCGGACUGGUCAAGGGACUUCUCCCCGUGCUCGGGUUCGGCUGGACCCUGCGUGUCCUGGGAUUGGUCAUGCUCGCCACCACCCUCCCCGCUGUUGCGCUGUUCCGCACCCGCCUGCCUCCGCGGAGAUCGGGUCCCCUUGUCGAGCUCGCUGCUUUUCGGGACCCCAUUUAUACCUUCUUCAUUCUGGCAAUUUGGCUCAACUUUUGGGGGAUGUAUUUUGCCGUCUACUACGUCGGUGCUUUCGGCCGAAGCGUGAUUGGACUCACGUACUCCGACUCAACGAACCUGAUCAUCGUGCUCAACGGGGCCGCCAGCCUUGGACGCCUCAUCCCCGCGUACUUUGCCUCGUUCCAUCUGGGCCCGCUGAACACCAUAAUUCCCCUCUCAGUGGCCUCUAGCGUGCUAAUGCUCUGCUGGGCGGCCGUGCACUCCGCGGGGGGACUUUAUACGUUCGCUGUGCUGUACGGAUUCUGCGCCAAUGCGGUCCAGGGGCUCUGGCCGGCCACGCUAUCGAGCCUGAUCACUGACCUCAAUAAGGCUGGCACCAGGACCGGCAUGGGCUUCACGAUUAUGAGCUUUGCAUGUUUGACCGGACCUCCGUUGGGUGGCGCCCUCGUUGCUAAGGCUCAUGGUUACAUCGGAGCCCAGGUGUGGGCAGGCGUGGUCAUCCUACUGGGUGCAAUGGUACUGCUGGGGGCGAGAAUCUCGAAGACUGGAUGGCGCCUCGGGGUCAAAAUCUGAGAUCAUUGUCUUGUUCGGGUAAGGGGGAUUUUAUGAGGUGAAGUAAGCUCGGAUU